CUGCAACUAUAAGAGGAACUGUAAUAUCGGAUAGACAUGUCAUCACUGCAGCUAAUCCAGUAUACCGAGCUUGGCGAAAUUGAUCAACUGUCAUGGAUUGUGUCAUGGCUAAGGAAUAAAUCUUCAUCAUGUCUAACUCGUUUAACUACAUUACCAAUUUUACCUUCUCGCAUUUGUCAUAGAAAUACUUUCCUCGAUCCAUUUAUGGUUACACUGUCAGAUAAAAGUUGCCUUGGACCUGUAGGUAUCAAGGGUAUUUUGUGUGAGAAUGACGUAGGAGGGCCUGUUAUGACUCGUUGGUUACCAAGCUCUCCAUUCAGGAUAGCUGGUGUCAUUACAAAUGCAUCGUGCGAAGAUGAUAAGUAUCCACUAUUUAUAAGAACAGUGGACAACAUGCAGUGGAUUCACGAGCAUAUCCGUAACGAUUGUCAAUGUUUUUGAAGUUUUCUAAUUAAUAAUAAAACGUUUUCGUUUCAAAAAA